AGGCGGAACAGGGGGUUUGUUCCUCUGCUCGCUGUCGAACCGUGAUUUCCACUGGCGGUUCAACUCGAAAACGAGCAGCGAACGCGAUCGGAUUUGAUCUUGACAGAACUGGUUAAAAGUGUUUUUUUUUGUGUUGUUUUUUUUUUUUGGUCAUGUCAGAUGCCGUGAUGCGAAGGAUUUUUUGGAUACUCGUUCUGUGUUUUUGUUGCGUCGUCAUUGGAGGAGCUCCAGUGGGUGAUGGAACUGGUGGAUCCUCGAGUUCCAAAGGGCGACAAAAUAGCAAUACUGCAAGUGCAGUUGAUGCCACUGGAAAGAACGGGCCAACGGGAGCUAAGAGUGAGAACUCAGAAGAGAAGACUAAAGAGCAUGGGCUAACAAAAGAGCCGCAGGAAAAAACAGGUGAAACCCAGAAUUCACAGCACUCUGAGGAAAUUGGUAAAAAAGCACCAGGAGCCAAAAGUAUGCCGUCUGAAGAAGGGUCUAAGAAGGAGGAGACAGAAUCAAAACCUGAAAAAUUGAAGUCUGAUAAAGGAACCCAAAAGGAGGGAAAGGGAGCUGUAACCAAGAAAACAGAACCAGGAUCUGAAAGUAAGAACCCCAUAGAAGAAAACAAGAAUGAGGAUCCAACAGUUAAAACUAAGAAAUUAGAAACAGAAGAUAAAUCUAAGAACCCCGUAGAAGAAAACAAGAUGGCGGAACCAGGAGCUGAAACUAAGAAAUCAGAAUCAGAAGGUAAAAAGAACCCUACAGUUGAAAAUAAGGGGGAACCAGGAGCUGAAACUAAGAAAUCAGAAUCAGAGGGUAAUAAGAACCCUACAGUUGAAAACAAGGGGGAACCAGGAGCUGAAACUAAGAAAUCAGAAUCAGAAGGUAAAAAGAACCCUAUAGUUGAAAACAAGGGGGAACCAGGAGCUGAAACUAAGAAAUCAGAAUCAGAAGGUAAUAAGAACCCUACAGUUGAAAACAAGGGGGAACCAGGAGCUGAAACUAAGAAAUCAGAAUCAGAAGGUAAAAAGAACCCUACAGUUGAAAAUAAGGGGGAACCAGGAGCUGAAACUAAGAAAUCAGAAUCAGAUGGUAAUAAGAACCCUAUAGUUGAAAACAAGGGGGAACCAGGAGCUGAAACUAAGAAAUCAGAAUCAGAAGGUAAUAAGAACCCUACAGUUGAAAACAAGGGGGAACCAGGAGGUGAAACUAAGACAUCAGAAUCAGACGGUAAUAACAAGGAGGGACCAGGAGCUGAAACUAAGAAAUCAGAAUCAGAAGGUACACCUAAGAACCCCGUAGAUGAAAACCAGAAGGAGGAAACAGGAGCUGAAACUAAGAAAUCAGAAUCAGAAGUUAUGAACCCCACAGAGGGAAAGGAGGAGGAGAAAGCAGGAACUCAAACUGAGAAAUCAGAAUCAGAAAGUAAAAUGAUGAACUCCCUGGAUAAAAACAAGGAGGAACCUGAAGCUCAAACUAAGAAUCAGAAGCCUGUGCCAGAGGCCAAGAAGGAAGCACCAGAAAAGAAUACAAGAUAUAACCUAUCUGACCUAAAAGACGAGACAGAAAGCAGUCACUUCUUUGCUUACCUUGUCUGCACCGCUGUGUUGGUAGCAGUGCUCUACAUUGCUUACCACAACAAGCGCAAGAUAAUUGCUUUUGCGUUGGAAGGAAAACGAUCAAAAUCGACACGUCGGCCCAAAUCCACAGAGUACCAGAAGCUGGAACAGCAUAUGUGACUUUAAAUCACUGAAGCCAUUACAGAGUGCAGCUAGGUGGGUUGAUAUUAAGACAUGUUUUGUAUAUGUAGAUAAUAAUUGCAUGACUAUGCAGACGACACAGUUGCCUUAUUUUAGGAGUUAGUGAAACCGCG